AUGGCUUCGGCGGUGUUUUUCUUAGACCUUAAGGGCAAGAGCAUCCGCCAGACCCUUCUUGCCCGCAACUAUCGCGGUGACAUCCCCAUGUCUGCUGUCGAAAAAUUCCCUAUCCUUCUCAGUGAAGCCGAAGAAGAGAGCUCCGCGGUUCCUCCCUGCUUUUCCUCCGAAGGAGUUAAUUACCUUUAUAUCCGACACAGUAACCUGUAUCUCCUUGCUCUUACGAAACGAAACACAAAUGCCGCCGAAAUACUUCUCUUCCUACACAAGAUUGUGGAGGUCUUUACGGAAUACUUCAAGGAAUUGGAGGAGGAGAGUAUUCGAGACAAUUUUGUCAUUAUAUACGAACUGCUGGAUGAAAUGAUGGAUUUUGGCCAUCCACAAACCACAGAGAGCAAGAUAUUACAAGAAUACAUUACCCAAGAAUCGCACAAGCUUGAAGUACAAGCAAGACCCCCAAUAGCUGUCACGAAUGCAGUUUCAUGGAGAAGCGAAGGAAUCCGAUACCGCAAAAAUGAAGUAUUCCUUGAUGUCGUUGAAUCGUUGAACCUCCUUGUUUCUGCUAGCGGAAACGUGCUUCGAUCAGAAAUAUUGGGUGCUGUGAAGAUGAAAUGCUAUCUCAGCGGUAUGCCAGAACUUCGGCUAGGCUUAAAUGACAAAGUGAUGUUCGAAACAACAGGUCGAGCAACUAGGGGUAAGGCUGUCGAAAUGGAAGAUGUCAAGUUCCACCAAUGCGUACGACUGUCCAGAUUUGAAAACGACAGAACAAUUAGCUUUAUCCCACCAGAUGGUGAAUUCGAGCUAAUGAGCUACCGACUCAACACCCAAGUGAAGCCGCUGAUAUGGGUAGAGUGUCUCGUGGAAUCGCACUCAGGCUCGCGCAUCGAAUAUAUGCUUAAAGCAAAGGCUCAAUUUAAGCGACGUAGUACAGCAAACAACGUGGAGAUUCUCGUUCCCGUACCCGAAGAUGCAGACUCACCAAGAUUCCGGACAAAUGUGGGCACAGUUCAUUACGCACCCGAGAAAUCCGCCAUUAUAUGGAAGAUCAAACAGUUUGGCGGUGGAAAAGAGUUUUUAAUGCGUGCUGAACUAGGGUUACCGUCCGUUAAGGGUGAUGACGAGCAUGGCGGUGGGAUGACCGGCGGGUUUGGUGGAAGUAUGGGAGGUGCAGGACAAGGUGGAAAAGGGAAGAGGCCUAUCAACGUCAAGUUCGAGAUUCCGUACUUUACAACGAGUGGCAUCCAGGUCCGCUACUUGAAGAUCACAGAGCCAAAGCUCCCUGGCCACGUUUGA